UUGCGCCAAUGGAAAACUUUAUUGUACAUAUUUAUUCGUGAUCAUUUCCUCGCUAUCUUUAUAUAAUAAACAUGUAAUUUGAUUUGAUUUGUAAAUAGUGGGGCCGAGGGCCUAAUUAUUUUCACAAUGAUGCGUUUGAAUUGAGAUUGACAAGGGGUUUACAUCUAAUGUGAUUCUUUUUCAAUCCUAAGGAGAGGCAGGGUUCGCUUUCCUCUACUACAGAAUGAAUAUGUUGCAAGAAGCGCAGCAAAUUAUAGACAAAUGUCUCGGAACUUUGAAAGGGAAAAGAGUAACUUUUCUAUGCGGGAAUGCAGGACCCCUGGCACUAGCUGCAGUUAUAUAUUCAGUUUUAGGGGAACAGAAGAAAUCUCAGAAAUAUUUGAAUUAUCUUCUAGAAAUGGUGGGGUUAGUCGACAACCAAGAAUUGCCUGAUGAAAUGCUGUAUGGUAGGUCAGGAUAUCUGUUCUCAUUGCUGUUUGUGAGGAAAGAGGUUGGAGCAACGUCGGUUCCUGACUGUUUAAUUAGGAAGGUUGUAAUCCUUAUACUACGCUCAGGACAAUAUCUGUCUAGGGAAACUAGAUCCCGAUGUCCUCUGAUGUAUGAGUGGCAUGGUAAACGUUACUAUGGAGCUGCUCAUGGGUUGUCAGGGAUAUAUACAGUCUUACUUCAAUCCCAGGCACUCAACCCACAAGAACUAAGGGAACUGGUAAAGCCAAGUAUUGACUAUUUGUUGGAUAAAAUGUUUCCUAGUGGUAACUUUCCGUCAUCUCAGGGAAAUGAUAAUGAUAAGUUGGUUCAUUGGUGUCACGGAAUACCGGGAGUCAUAUAUCUUCUUCUUCUUGCAUAUGCUCAGUGGAAGGAGGAGAAAUACAUGAAUGCGGCAAUAAAAGGAGGGGAAUGUAUUUGGGAGCGGGGGUUGUUAAGGAAGGGAUCUGGACUAUGCCACGGAUCUGCUGGGAAUGGAUAUGGAUUAGUUCAUCUGUAUCAAGCAACACAGGACACAAAAUGGUUGUACAGAGCGGCCAUGUUUGGAUUGCACUGUUCACAGUUCAAGGAAUAUUUUCACAGAUUAGCCGACUCUCCGCUAUCUUUGUUUGAGGGACUGGCUGGAACAGUUCAUUAUUUGUUUCAACUGAAAAAUCCUGAGUCAGCAAAGUUUCCCGGAUUUUUGGUUUAAGAUAUUUUCACGGAUUUCAGAAAAA